GCCUUCCGGCAGCUCCAGCCUAGCUUGUACUGCGCUUAAUCGCUUCCGGUGUAGGACACUGCUAGGAAGUGCCGGGAUUUUCAUCCGUUACCGGAACUGUUUGUUUGGAGGGAUAGCGAGCAGCACCCGGACCGCUGGCAGCGAAGUAGCGGCUGGUCAACACCGUUUGACCACUUUAAACCAUGGCUUAUCAGCUCUAUAGGAAUACCACUCUGGGCAACAGUCUGCAGGAGAGCCUGGACGAGCUAAUCCAGUCUCAGCAAAUCAACCCACAGCUCGCCCUGCAGGUCCUGCUACAGUUUGACAAGGCGAUCAAUUCAGCGUUGGCACAUCGGGUCAGAAACAGAGUCAACUUCAGGGGAUCAUUAAAUACGUACAGAUUCUGUGAUAAUGUGUGGACCUUUGUUCUGAAUGAUGUGGAGUUCAGAGAAGUGACUGAUCUGGUGAAGGUGGACAAAGUAAAAAUUGUAGCGUGUGAUGGAAAAAAUACUGGUUCGAACACAGCGGAGUGAGCGGCACAUGGCAUGUCUCUCCUGUUUCUGGUGACUUGUGGCCUUCCUAAGAAGCCAUUGACAAGACUGUUUAUUUAUGACAAUGAUGAUGCCCGCGAGCUGUCACAUUUAUACAGGAUUGCAGAGAUUUUGGUAGUCUUACCAUCUAGUACUCAAAGGUUGCUAUACAAACUUUUUUUUAAUACAAAUGUGAAGUUGCCUUUUUGUUUUCAUUUUUGGAAAUAUGUCUAAUAAACUUUUAUUUAAUAAA